AAGGCUUCCCUGGUAUUCGGCCAUGGAUAGCAUGGAAUCUCUACCAGCCUCGGUUCGCUCUCAUGUAAGCGAAAGCUUGCUAGAUACUGAUUUGAAACCCUCGCCAGAGCACAGUUGCAUGAUGCGAGGUGAAGCGUCAGCCGAAAUCGGCAACGAAAUGACCAAUAGUUCCAUCCAAUGGCCAAUUAACCUUGAGAUGAAACCGGAACAUGACAAGAAUGAGGAAUGUGUUCCAAGGGUAACAGGCUUGUAUCAGUGGUUUGAUAAUCAGGCAUUAUCGGAAGAAGCGAGUUCUGUCAAUGUAGACCAAAUAGAACAUCCAUCGGCUUCAAUCCAAGAAAUACUGGAGGCAAGUCGCUUGAGCAAAAAUAAGGACCUUUUGCAGCUUCUUGGUGAGAUUGGAUCGGGUGAUGAUUCUUUGCCAGGGAGUUACUGGCAAGAAGUAGGAGGCAGUGACUUUAAUUCUCAAAAUGCUGGCUUCCCAGUAAGUGGCACAGAUGAGUGCCCGCACUUUCAAGAUGCUCAGAAUUUUCGAACAUUUCUGGAACCACUGCCUCUAGUCAUGUCUUCCUUACCUGGUGUGAUGAGUAGCUACAAUGUUGCACAACCUGGGGAUAGCAUUAUUUGGACUGGGCAAAAUGAUACAGACACAGGAAGAGGGGUGACUUUGGAGUGUAUUCAAGCAGGAGAAGCUUUUCCUUUUGUACCAAAUUCAUCAACAAGUCAAGAACUCAGAGACAUAACUGACGAUAUAAGAAAACAGGAAGAGAAGAAAAGAAAAAGAAGAGAGCGGAACAAGCAGUGCAGCCGAGAAUUUCGCAGGAAACAGAAAGUCAGAGAGCAGCUCCUGACGAGGGGAAAAGCAGAAAAAGAACAAAUUUUGGUGGAGCGAUAUAAAAGGAUAGAGAAAACAAGUAAAAUUCUCAUCAAAAUUGCUACAAGCAGUGGAGCAUGUGAAAAAGGACAAGGUAUUAUCAACAUGGUGGCUGGCUUGAUCAAUAAAGAGAACUUGCCGUGUAGUGUGGUCAAAAGUAAUAUGGCUGCUAACAGAUUGGUUAGCCACACCCAAACACAAGCCUUCUAAAAUCUUAAUAUAGCUUGUCUAAUGCUAAUCAAUUAAAAAUAUCGUCAGGGAGACACUAAAUGAUUCACUCACAACCUGCAAUGACAAGUAAGUUACAAUUUUAGUAUAUUCAUCCUAAAACUUAGCAGCUCCUGACAACAGAUUAAACCUUUUUGUACCCAAAUAGUUUUGUGCCUCAGCAGGUUAAGGAAAGAGGUACAGGCUGAAUUGUAUGCUUCUCAUGGGCAAGUUCAUUUCAGUGGAUGCAUUGCAAGUACUUAAACUAUAUUCACUUUGGAAAUUUAAAUGGACAAAACAUUAGGAUUUUGCUAAGGUUGUGUUAGGUGAAUGACAUGGGAAUCAAUGAUUUAGUGUUAGCAUCAAGCUGGAAUU